AUGGCGGCGACAAACCUGAAAGCACUGCUCAAGCGGCAUUUCGGCUACGACGAAUUCCGGCCCGGGCAGGAGACGAUAAUCAACACCGCCCUGGAUGGGCGCAACAGCCUAGUCGUGAUGCCCACCGGCGGCGGCAAGUCGCUCUGCUACCAGUUGCCGGCGCUGGCGACGGGCGGGUUGACCCUGGUGAUCUCGCCCCUGAUCGCGUUGAUGAAGGACCAGGUGGAUGGCCUGCGGUCCAAUGGCAUCGCCGCCGAAUUCCUGAACAGCACCCUGGACAACCGGACUGCGGCCGAAGUGGAGCGCAGCGCCCAGGCGGGAGUGGUCAGGCUGCUUUACGCGGCGCCGGAACGGGUCAGCAUGCCCGGGUUCAGGCGGUUUCUGGGUACACUGGACCUGCGGAUGAUCGCCAUCGACGAGGCCCAUUGCAUCAGCGAGUGGGGGCACGAUUUCCGGCCCGACUACCGCCAGCUGGCCGAGCUGCGCGAGCUGUUCCCGCAAACGCCGAUAAUGGCGCUGACGGCCACCGCCACCGAGCGGGUGCGGCGCGACAUCGUGGCACAGCUGGGGCUGGACGGCUGCGCCGAGUUCGUGUCCGGUUUCGACCGGUCCAACCUGACCUACAACGUGAAGCCGGGAGCGGGUUCCUGGGAAACUCUCCUGGCGCUCCUGGACGAGCGAAAAGGCCAGUCGGCCAUCGUCUACUGCUUCUCCCGCAAGGAUACCGAGGAACUGGCAGCGCGGCUCACCAGCGACGGGCAUCCGGCGGUGGCCUAUCACGCCGGUUUGGCCGCCGACACGCGCCGCCGGACGCAGGAGCGCUUCAUCGACGGCGAGGUCCCCAUCGUGGCGGCCACCAUCGCCUUCGGGAUGGGCAUCGACAAACCCGACAUCCGGUUGGUGGUCCACCACGCGCUGCCCAAGUCCAUCGAGGGCUAUUACCAAGAGACCGGCAGGGCGGGCCGCGACGGGUUGCCCAGCGAAUGCGUCCUGUUCUUCAACGAGGGAGACCGGGCCAAGCAGGAAUACUUCAUCCGGGGGAUGACGGGAGAAGCCCGCGCCGUGGCGGACCGGCAACUGCAGCAGAUGGUGGACUAUUGCCGCCUGAACACCUGCCGGCGAGGUUACCUGCUAGGUUACUUCGGCGACGCAAUGGCCGGUGGUUCCUGCGGCAACUGCGACGUGUGCCUGGCGGAAAGACAGUCGGUAGAUGUCACGGUGGUCGCCCAGAAACUGCUGUCGGCGGUGAUGCGUACCGGCGAGCGGUUUGGCGUCGCGCACGUAUCCGACGUCUUGCUCGGCAGGAACAUCAAGCGCAUUCGUGAGCUGGAACACGACAAGCUCAGCGUGUUCGGCAUAGUGGACGAUUAUGACCGCGACGGGUUGCGUCUCAUCGCCGAUGGGCUGGUGGAGCGAGGACUCAUCGGACGGGCGGAUGGUCAGUAUCCAACGCUGGGGGUCACCACGGACGGCAGGGAGUGGCUGCGGAAACGCGGAUCCCUGACACUGGACCUACGCGUCGAUGAACCGCCACCCCAACGGGAAACAUCCGGAGAACCUAACGCGGGGAAGGAACGUACCGCGGGGAAAACCAGAGGCGGCGCGAACACGCCUGAUGCCGCAUUGUUCGAGCAGUUGCGGGCGUUGCGCCGGAGCCUGGCUGAUGCAGAAGGAGUGCCGGCCUUCGUGGUGUUCGGCGACAUCACGCUGAAUGGGCUGGCAGCAGCGAAACCGAUCCAUUCGCGAGAUAUGCUGGCCGUAUCCGGCGUAGGGCCGACCAAGUUGGACAAGUAUGGCGAGGCGUUUAUGGCGGUGAUAAGGGAAUAUGUGGGCAGUAUGACACUGGCCGCAGGGGAAAACGCAUCCGGUCGUCCCGUCAACGGUGGCGCGUCUGUAGCUUCAACCCGCCGACCGGCCGGCGACGCCAGCGUUCGAGAGUUGGGCGACACUCACCAGUUGACGCGGCGGUUGUUGCAACAGGGAUUGACGGUUGCCGAGAUCGUCGCGCAACGAGGAUUGUCCCAGGGACGGUGA